ACAAGACUCUUAUCUGGCACCACAAUUGUCCUGCGUGCAUUUCCCCAUCUCUAUUGGGUGUAUGCUGCUCAUCUUGCAUCCAGUUACACCAUAGAAAGUGCUGUAAGAAGUGCCAGGGUAAACAGAGUGGUGUUUUGAUGAGGAUUAAGCUGAAACUGGCUUCACAUCAUGGAUCAUUCGACGCAUGGAUCUGGGAAGACUGUGACAAGCUGAAUCUUUUCUGAUCUGCCGGUUCCUAAAACUUAGAUAUACUGGUCUUCUACCUGUGGUCACAGGUCAGCUAUCUGGAUCUCCAAUGCCCCCCUGGAUUCCCGCAGCAUCAUAAUGGUGGAAUUAACUAUGGUACUCUUUCCCUACUGGAAUCUUCACAGUCAAUUCUCAAAGAAUACUUAGGAAGACAAAAGUACCUCCUUAAUGGAAUACGCUGUUGUGUUAGACAUGCCCGCUUGCAGCAGGUGGACUAUGCUUCCUCAAGGUUUCAUGUUGACGUUGGUCCUUUGGUAUUCACUAUACUGGGUCUCGGUUUCUGAAGCCACAAUUCAGAAUGUGGAGAUGCAAACUUCUUCACCCUUUCUGAAUGCACACGUCUUCAAUCCUGCACUGUCUUCCUCCCCGAAUCAGAAUGCUUCACUUAGUGUCUCUUGGGUGCCUUCUGAACUUCUAAUGGAAUCCAAAACACCUUCCAUUCAAGUUUUACCUACUGAUUUAACAAGGGGAUUUGAGCAAACACAGAUGAAGGAUUCAGAAAUAUCCCAGCAGAGUGCUGAAGAUGGACAUGAAGUGCUUCUUCCACAACCCAACUUUACCUUCUCGGAAGAAGUAAAAGGCCUGCUCUCUCCAGCAUACAAUGAAAGCAAACUUCCAACUGAUAGCAGUGAUGAAAAUAGACCCACCACUGUGCCACUGUACUCUAGAACUGUGCCACCGCUGGAGUUUACUGAAACCAGUAGCAAGUUUGAUACAUCCCAAAAGAAAUAUCCUGAGCACACCACUUUUCCGGUUUAUACUGUCAGCCAGACCCGAAAAACAUUGAGUGCAACUAAGACUGUUCCCUUGGACCCACAAAGAAAAAGUAAUGCCACCAUACCUGUGCCAGAGGCUGGCAACACAGACCCUGCUAUAUUUCGUCAAGUACCUGAAUUGCAGUCCGGUGUAGCUACUUUUGACACUUCAAUGAUGGAACCAACUACAGCACAACAUAAUAAUAAGCAGGAACCACUCACUGUGACAACAGCAGACCCCAGUAGGACAGUCUGGGCCAAAACAAGUGCCUCCAGUGGUACCACUUUGGGACUGCAUCUUACAACGGACAAAAUAAUAUUCUUCAAUCAAACCAGUAAGGAUGUGACCGGAAAUGAAACUCCAGACAUUGAAGCCCCUACAGGUCAAACCAAUGGGGACCAAGAACAACAUGGACUAUUAAGUCAAGAUGGCACUGUCUCAACUUCACAAAGUCUGGAACCGUUGACGGCAGAUGAAGACUUUGGUAAAGCGGUAAUAGAUGGGCAUCCAACGACAAACUCGAAGAGCAUUUUAACCAGCAUCAGUCCAGAACUGGACUAUCCGGAGAACGACAGCUUCACUCCUUUCUACAUGUUGCCUGCCCCCAUGUUUAUCCCUCUCCAUGCAGACUGGAACACUGCCAUGGCAGUUUGGGGUAUUGCAUGGGAGGUCCACAUUUAUGGAAUAGGAUCCCUUUAUGUUGUUAUUUCAUUCCUCGCAGCCCUCAGUCUCCUGCUUCUUCCGUUCAAAUGUCCAUCAGGAAGCAUCUUUUUCAUGAUCGUCAAUAUAUUUCUGAUAAUUGUGGGAUCCAGUAGAGCAUUCUCCUUGUUCUAUGAUGCCUACAACCAUCAGGACAAGCUGCCCUCCUCCGUACUACUGCUCCUCUAUGAAGUUCCAUUUCCAUGCCUGACAUCUUCAUUUGGUGUGGUGUUUUUACUUCUCUCCAUGCGAUCGAGAAUGCAGCUGUCUUACUCCAUAUUUCAGCAUCCAUGUUUCUUAGCUGUUUUAGUCUUCUUUCACUUUUCGGCUUCCUUGGGCUCCAUUGUGCUUGUUCAAGUGCUCAGCCAUCUCCCAUGUCUCUUUUUUGUAUCCCAAGGAGUGUUUGUAGUCUUAAUGUCUCUCAUGUCUCUGGCGUACUUCAUCUUCUAUUGCUACGUAAGAGCAGACGCCAAGCACAUCUACCACCUAAACAACACCUCCCCACCCAUAGAAAGAUACAACAGAUGCCCUUUCGCUGAUGCAAAGGACUGGGACAGAGCUGCUAUGACAGCAGUGUUUUCGUCCAUGUUUGCCUUAUUCUCUGCCGCCCUCCAACUCUAUGCAAUGCUGCAUGCUUUGGGGUUUGGAGGCAUCGAAGUAUUCCAUCCAUGGCCCUGGUGGGCUUUCCACCUGAGCUGUAGGAUCUGUGAGGUGGGCAUGGGCCUCACCUUAGUGUUUAUUGUAAUGUAUCCACUCUUCUGCUCUAAGGAUGUUCCCCAGCAGAGCUGCUGGCCCAGCAUUUUCUGUCUGCCUCACAACCACGUCACAAUGAAAUCACCUAUACUACCAAACAACUAUCAGUGGUCUUCUUCGCAACAGGAAAAGCUUGUAAUCUGUGAUACAAUAGCCCGAAGUGAAAUAGAAUGCCUUCCCUUGUAUACGCUUGUGGAAAACCAUCUCAGCAGUCUUGAAGGUCUUGACCUUCUGUACCACAGUACGAGGUGCUUAACAUUAAAGGAUUUGGAGCUGAACAUUAACCCCAAAAAAGGAUCGUGCUCAUCCUCCUUCACAAGUAUGCAGAUGGACAGUGACUCCACAGCAGACCUCCAUCCUCCCUCACCAAUAAACCUGAGACGCAGCAUCGAUGAGGCUCUAUUCAGUGAAGCGCUUAUUCCGGAAAGCCUCUUUCAAAACUCAAAACUUUACAGCUCAAGCAAUUUGUCCCUCAACGUUCAAACCAAGGCAGAGAAAAGAGAUUUCAAGGAGAAUGCUGCAGACUCUGGCCUUUACAGGACUUCUUCUUGCAUCGAGAUGGACACGGCCCCAGCUCUGAAAGAGUCCAUCUUAAGUUCUGACACGUUAGAUGCAACCUCUUCUACUGAGCAAUGGCGUGGAAGCAGUGGCAGCUCCCUUUAUAAACUCUCUCUCAAUGGAUCCUCAUUGGUCCUCUGCUCGAGUCCAAGCAGGACAGGCUAUUCAUCCCUCAGCAGCAACAGAAUGCCAAGAAACGUUUCCCAAACAAGUCUGAACCAGUUUGCUCCAGUUCAAAGACAUUAUCAGUCACUGGGUUCAGUUUCAAGGGAAUCACUAAAUGAGCCAGAAGAACGAGAUUUAGCCCUUCAAGCGGAGUUUAUGAACGUCUGCCGACAGAUUGAUGAACUGAGUGUCAGUAGCGACACCAUAGACUUGUAAGACACUGUGAUCUUGUUCAUCUGUGACCUGACACUGUCAUUUCAAACGGAUUUCAGCAGUCGAGAAACAAGGACUGGAAAGACUUAAACAAACAGGACGCAGUCUUA